AUGUCAGACGGCUGGCAGAGCAUGACAAUGCGCUCUACACAUAGCACAAUCAAUUGCUACUGCUACGUGCUUUCGGAAUGUGGUUCAUGGACAUAUCAGAGUGAUGUGGUUAACUUUCUGGUCGACAAGGAGGAGAUCGACCUUGGUGACUUCUAUGACAAUCAGGAGUGGCUACUAAUGGACGCGCGACUGCGCAAUGGCACCACCCGAUCGCAGGAGAACUCCAACGAGAGCGUCGCGAUGGUCUCGAUGAGGCUAAAUGUGAAACGGCAGAGCUUCUACUACGUCUUCAACUUGGUCUUUCCUACAACACUGGUUUCUUUGGUAGCCGUCAUUGGAUUCCAUGCUCCCAUCAAUGCAACUGGAAGACGAGAGAGCAAGUUCAGACUAGGAAUAAUGACCCUGCUAUCAAUGUCCGUGAUGUUGUUGAUGUUGGUGGGCGAGAUGAAAUUUGCUAUGGAAAGUGUGCCUGGUCAACGAGGGUCAUUCAGCGACGUACCACUACUUGGUAAGGUGUAUCAAUUUUUUCAAAAUAUCAUACUACUCGUAAGUGGAGGUGGUGAAGUGGCUGGUAUUGCGAUCUCUUUCUAA